CCUAUAUAGGUUAGACGAGUGAAACAAACACGGACAAAAUCAACGAACAUAGCUCUAACGCAUCGGAGGAAAGUUCGUCAACCAAAUAUGUAUGGACAAAAUGAAGUUCUUCUAGUUAUAGCUCUAGUAGUCUGUCUCAACUGUUGCCACACAUGGAACCUACUUCCAGCUGUUGAUACUCCUUGUGGUCGCAUCGAAGGACUAAGGAUGCUAGUUCAAAAUACAGAUACCACAUUCACAGAAAUCCACUCUUUUUUGGGAAUCCCGUACGCUACUGCGCCUAUAGGAAAAUUGCGCUUUAAAAAAGCCAAACCAAUUACAUCCUGGUUUGGAGUAUUUGCAGCUACAAAAAAGUCACCCCAAUGUGUUCAAGAUGUCGAGGCUUUUCCAAAAGUACAGUGGGUGUCAAGACAAGAAGAGAUAAGUGAGGAUUGUUUGUAUCUCAAUAUCUGGGCACCGAAAACACCAACUCUUAAACCUGUUCUUGUCUGGAUUCACGGUGGAGGGUUCAACACAGGCUCAUCCACCAACGAUAUCUAUGACGGAACAACACUAGCAGCUUUCGGGGACGUUAUCGUUGUGUCCAUGAAUUAUAGAAUUGGAGUGUUAGGAUUUUUCAGUGCAGGAACGGAAGAUGCACCAGGAAACAUGGGUUUACAUGAUCAAUACCUUGCACUUUUAUGGGUUAAAAAUAAUAUUUUUGCCUUUGGAGGCGAUCCUGAUAAAAUAACGAUAUUUGGAGAAAGUGCAGGAGCUGUAUCCGUAAGUCUGCACUUAGUGUCACCAUGGAGUCGUGGGCUGUUUAAUCGAGCUAUACUUCAAAGUGGAAGUUUUUACCAUCCACUCGCAGAUGCUAACCCAACCUUGAAUAUUGUAAGAGGAGAAAUGUUUGCUAGGUCUCUUGGAUGUGCUGAUGAAAAUACAUCUUUAAUAAACGAGCCAAAAAAUGUAGUUCACUGUCUUCGUAAAUUGAGUAUUCAAAAGCUGAUAAAAGAAGAAAGUAAGCUGAUAAAAGAAAUGGCAAUUAGUUUUAUACCAACUAACGGAGAUGACUUUCUUCCCAUAAAUCCCUUAGAAGCACUGAAUAACGAAGAUUUGAAUACAGUGAACUUGCUUAUCGGUAACAAUAGGGAUGAGGGUUCAAUAUUAACAGCCCUUUUAAUUCCACAGUUUUUCAAUGACAGUCAAAUAAAAAAUCUGACUGCAGAUAAAGCUAACUUUUACAUCAAAUCUUUGUUUCAAAGCUUUCCUCAGUCAGUUUCUGAUCUUAUCUCUGAUCAGUACAUAAAAUCUACUUCAGAUUACAGGGCUCUCCGACAGAGAAUUUCUGAAGCAUAUGGAGAUUAUAUAGUUGUCUGCCCUAGUAUAUUAUUUUCGCGUAAGUGGGCCGAAAAAACAAACAAAGUCUACUAUUAUUUGUUCUCGCAUCGACCAUCUAACACAAUCUGGCAGGAAUGGACAGGAGUUCCACAUUUUGAUGAAGUUCAAUUCGUUUUUGGGCUUCCCCUUCGUUAUCCUCGCAACUAUACUUUAGUAGAGUUGUGGUUUAGUAAGAAAAUCAUGGCCAUAUGGACUUCGUUUGCAAGACAUGGCACCAUAUCGAAUGCCGUUCCAGAAUGGUCAACAUAUUCAUCUGAAAAUCCUGUGUAUCAUGAUCUCGCUCCAUUUGAAAGCAAAAUUUCUAAAGGACUUAAAGAAGAAGAAUGCAACAUGUGGGAUCAAAUCUUUCAGACUGUCUCUUAACGACAUCACUAAGUAUAUUAACUUAACAUAAGUAUUAAUAAUUUAGCUGGUUUAAUUAGCAAACUUACGCUUUGUAGUUUUCUGGUCUAAUAUUUAUCUUCGAUUUAAAAACUGACUGUUUCGUUUGUUUCAUGGACACCGUAUUAAGGCUAUGUAUGACCUACACCAUUUUGUUUUUUCUAUAAUCAAAAAUGUAGAAUGUUUUAGUACUUCGGUUGUAUA